UUUACCGCAUCGGUUUUUAUGUAUGAUUCUCAACACUCACAGCACGUUCGAUAAAUGGCGCAGUAAUUGCUCGCCAAUUACUCGUUAGGGACUUUAUGACUGCGAUUGUGAUACGCGGGGAACAACUAUGCCAAUAAUUAAACACACAGUGCCAUAAUUCUUGUUAUCGUUAGAUGCUAUGAACACUUUAGUUGCCACCGAUCGUUUUGUCUGAUGUAUAUCCUUGCUUUGUCUUUAUCCUUUUCUCCCCAUUGUGAUAGGUUUUGAAGGAUCACUUGAUCGCAGGAAGAUCGCUUGAAAAUUCUAAUCUAAAAGGUCUGCCACAGAAUGAGCGAUCCAGAAGAUUUGGAGGACGGUGAGAUCGAAGAUGACGAUGAUGAUGAGGUGGUGCAGCCGGAAGAUCCACCGCUAGUUCCACCGACUCCAGAUGAUUACUUGGAGUACGAGCCGAAACCAGACGCUCAGCACGCAAACAGUGAUGGUGAAGGUAAACCAUCCCCGGCCAACAAUCGCGAAAACACGAACCACUCGACGAACAAAGGCCAACGCUCUUCCAAAAAGCCCGCACUCGUGGUGGAUGAUUUUGCGAUAAACAUUGAGAAUGCCAUUGCCAAUGCGCUCAAAAAGGAUGGCGUACUGCCUCCGAUGCCACUGUCGGUGCACCACGCGAAUGAGGCGGAAGGUGACGUACCUUCGGGAUCCUCCUCCAGCCGGAAAUCGAAGAAGCGCAAGAAACCUAACAGGAGUGGGGACGGGCAGCACAGCAGCAAGCAGCAGCGACUGAGCGGAGAACCGGAUGACGAUGGGGAGAUGGAUUUGGAGUAUGAAAUGAUGAAUGUGCGCGGUAGCAGCCCGCAGCACCUGAUGGGCCGGGAUUCGGGACGGUCCGAUUCGGAGGCGGAUGAAACUCACUAUUCGUCCGAUGAUUCGGCGAUGCGUGAUGGACACUAUCGGGGGAGUAGAAGGGACCGCGAACAGCGGGAACGUGAUCGAGAGCGUGAGCGCGAUCGGGAGCGGGAACGGGAGCGGGACUAUAACCGUAAGAAGCGGAAACAAUCACGCCAGCGAAGCAAUAACAGCAAACCAAACCGGGAUGGCCGGAAACGGAAACGGGAUGAUUCGGAUGACGAAAAGCAUAGACCGACGGGACCGCGCAAGAUGGAGCUAUGUAAAUUUUACCUAAUGGACUGCUGUGCGAAGCGGGAAAAGUGUCUGUACAUGCACAAAGACUUCCCCUGCAAGUACUACUACCUGGGCAUGAAGUGUAAGGAGAAGGACAAGUGUCUGUUCAGCCACGGUGAGCCACUCUCAGACGAUUUGCGAGCCAUACUGCUGAAGCAUCUCGAAACGGCACCGCAGGAGAUUCUUGGCACCUUUCAGCGCAUUAGUCGCGAUAGUGCAAUCAACAUGCUGGGCGCCACCCACCGCAAACUGCAAGAGCGGUACGGCGUUAAGCCAGACCCUUUGCCGGGCGGUGGCAAAAUUCCUUCACUGCUGGACGUGGUUACGGCGCAUCCGCCCAACAGCAACAGCAUGCUCAGUCCAAAGCAUUCCCGCAAGUCCCGGUGGUGUGAGCAGCAGCGUCUGGACGAUGGUGGCCGAUCGAGCGACGGCGAACCGUCGUGUGAGGGUGGAGGCGAUAUGAACAUGCAGCUGGCCGGUGUCAUCACACCGGCCCAGAUAAGCGAUCUCGAGCAGAUGGGCAUUAGGACGCUGGACGAGAUCAGCCAGCUGACGGUGGCGCAACUGAACGAACUGGGGCUUAGCAUUACGCAAAUACAUGACCUGCAAGUGAGGGCUCUGAAUGCGCAGAGACAUUCCGCCUCUGCAGCGGCGAGCCACGAACGAAGCCGCCCUCUGACGGAAACGGCGAAAGAUCUCGACAUGCGUACGCUACCGGGCGCGGAGGAAUCAAACGCACACGAUAGCACCAAAAAAGACGUUGACAUGCGAGUGCUUCCAUUGGCUGAACCGGGUAAAUUGAACAGCACCAUCCACGAUGAGACGUUAUCGGGUGGGAGUGCGCUUCUUAAGCCACCCACGGUGGAUUAUUCGCAGUACAUCAAGGAUUCGAAUUUGGACGAGGAAGAUCUCGAUGCGGUAGCAGCCAAUUCGAAUUCUUUACUGAAUGUUCCCGAGGUGGAGGACGACGAGGAUGACGACGAUGAGAAUCAUCUGAAGAUUAACAUCGAUGAGGAGGAGGAGGAAGAGGACAGGAAAGAAUCCGAUGAGAAUGAUCCGCCGGCGGGAGAGAAGCACCAAGGAGCAACGGGAAGUAUGGAGGAAGAUCGGGAAGAAACGAUGCUUCUACCACCGCUCAUACCGCCCAAAAUCGACUAUGCCCAAGGGCUUGGAGACAUACUGAAGUACAGCAGCAGUACGGUGGAUAAAACUCUUCACCUGCAGAACAGCAAUGAAUCGCCACGAUCACACCGAUCCCCAUCGCCAGCGGUUAAGGAUGAACAGUCUGGAACGCUACCGGGCCUUUCUUCGGACGUUUGGACACCAUCCAUGGCAGACUCGCAGAACAGCAGUUCGGUCUACAGUGCACCGGCGCAACCAAAACCACCAUCGGCAAAAUCAAACGCCACGGCCAAGCAGCGAACCACCGGUUCGUCGAUUUAUGACUGGUACGACUCGGAUAAUGCGUCAUCAGACGGUGGCCGAAGCUCGCCAAUGGCAACACCCUUCCGGUACGGUUCGGAUAAACUGCUUCCGCUAAACAUUGCGGAGGAUGAUCCUUACUCUAUCGCCGGAAGCGGCACUAUUGGACGCGAAGCAUCGAGUGAGCUAGGGUUCCCGUUCAAGUCGAUGAUGGCCAACUAUGUGCCGGCCACAGAAAUAGAUGGUUCGAUUGGGUCACACGCACCAAUCCACUAUAAGGUGUAUGUGGUUGAUGUGCCGAAACCCAACUACGGUACACUACGCCGUUCGAUGGCACGGCCGGUCGGUACGAAAGAUCCCCGACUGCGGAGACUGUUCGGGUUGCAGAGUGACGACGAUGACGAUAGGGACGAUACCAGCGACGGUAUUAAAUCUCCCGAUCCGAACCCUAACACAUCACCCCUGCACAGCAGCACUGCUUCCCUCCCGAUCGCGAACAAACCCCCCGUGAUUAGCACCGGUCCGCGGUUAGAUCCACGCAAACGGCACGCGGAAAAGCAACAGCAAGAAGCGGCAGCAGCAGCCCAACAACAGUCAGCCGGUGGUCCGUUUGGUGCGAUGAAGAGUAGUGCGGCCGCCAGCAACUCCAUGCCACAGAUCGAUGUACAAGCGAUCCUGCAAAAGUCGGCCUGGUAUAAAGAUCUCGGCUCCCAGCACAAGAUCAUGGUCAACCAGCAGCUGGCGAUUCUGUCGACGGAGAUGAAGAAAUUCCACAACUCGGAACGGUCGACCGCACAGCUCAGCGAGUUUAUGAAGUUUCUCAGCACGAACAACAUGCUGCAACAGAUUCUCACCUACCUGAACGUAUACGUCGACGAUUCCGUCACCUUCUGUGAGGUGCAGGCCGUACCGAACCAUCUGCCACCACCGGCGCUGCCCAUGUCGACGAACAUUCCACCACCCUCCAUUGGUGGACCGAUGCCAUCGAUGCAGCUACCGAUUCCGCUGCACGUACCGCCACCGAUCGGUGUGCUGCCCGGGUCGAUGUCCAUACCGCCACCCCACCAACCCAACAUGCCACCGAUGUUUCUCGGCCCCAAAGGUGGCCCCUUCGGUGGACCGCAGGAACCGCAGUCGGGGCCACCGCCGACGGGCAUGAUGCGGCCGGGGCUGCUGGGCGUUUCACCAAACAUGCCGUUCGAGCAGUUCCUGGCGAUGGGGAAUGUGAACAAAAAUGAUGGGCCCGGCAACAAUGGACCGUUGCCACCGUGGGUCCAGGGCAAUGGGAAUAACAUGCGAAACAUGCGCAACAACAAUCGCAUCGGACACAACUUCCGCAACAACAACGAUCGAUGGAAUAACAAUGGGGGCGGCGGUGGCGGCGGUGGUCCACCGAUGGUCGGUAACAAUGGCAACAACGCUGGCGGCGGACAGGGUAAUAUCAAUAAUAUGAACCGUCGCAACAAUGGCAACAACAACAUCAACAACCGCCGUAUGGAUCGUAAAAAGUAGAUCACUUCCAAAAACAGAAGCAAGCAAAAAGAGAUUAACAACAAACAGCUGUCGCUGAGAAGCAAUAGGAGAAUUUGGUUCUUAUUACUAAUACUAUUACUACUACUUCUACUGCUACUAAUACUAUUACGCUUUGCCCAGUGUGCGUGUUGGGAUGUAAAGAAUGAAUGAUAUGAAUAGUAAUUGUGGCAGGAGCGCACCCAACGUCAUGUGUGUGUGUGCUCCUUAUUGUUGGAUAUCCAUUUGGACACUCAAAACUAGCAAAAUAACCCCUCCCUUGCAUUGUACCGAGGCGCAGGGCAAACAUCGUAGAAACAUCGUAAAAAUGGAACGAUGGAUAAAGAGAUUUACUAAAAGGGAAAUGCCUAGAGGUUAAAGUAGAGCAGUAGAGUAAAGGGAACUCACACAAUCAGUUCCUGUGACGACGUCGUAGAAUUCUUUUUUUCCCGCUUAAGAGAAAUAAAUUAUAUCAUUAUUGUACAUCACAUCACCCGUAUAUAUUUAAAUCCCUCCCCCGGGGCUAUGCGGUGUGGGGAGGUUCAUGAUUUAGGUCAGCUCAGUGGAAGGAGAGCUGUCGAUAGUUUAGGGCUUGAUUAAAUGCACGAUUAGAAAACCUUCCUAAGAACUUGUUUGUGUAAGUUAGCAAGAAGGCACGGUAUGUGGAAAUGAUAUUGUAAACUUAAAAUUUGUGUUUUCCUACAAUGUACAUAUGAAGACAUUUCAACCAUGCGCGCUCCCCGCUUGUCUACUAUAAACCACCAUAUUUAUAUGCAUCGUUUUGUGUAACCGAUUCAUUUGUCUACUUUGAAUAGAAACCUUUUGUUUGUUUCCUUAACUUCCUGGAAAUACGGUUCCAUUUCUGACUUUCUUUAUAAAAUUUAAUUAUUGAUUCAACUGAAACGUAUUGUUGAUUGUUAAAGCGUCUUGCAUGAGGAAGAAGACACCUUACAUUCCGAUUUUGAUAAAUUAAGCCAACUUCCCCUUGGACUUCCAAUUCAAUGCUACCGUGAAGGUCGUUAACAAAACAGAUUAAAACAGUUGCGACGAUCAGGUUGUUAAAACCCAGCUAAGCGAAACCAUUCAAGUUGAAACAUGAGUAACAGAUAGUGGAUUUCAUGACGGUCAGACUAACAUGACCCCCGCUAGACCAAGUGCGUGGAGAAGUUUUGCUGAUAAACACAUUUUGUUUCGCUACAGCUGCAGCAAAAAAUAAACAGUCGAAUUUAUAACGUCAAGUGGUUGUCGUUAGUCUAGUCAGGGGAGGGAGCGUAGAAUUUGAAAUUUGUUAACUAUUACUUAGAACAAUUACAGAUUAAACAAUUUAGUUUAAGCGAUGCGCUGUACAGAUGCUAAAUAGAAUAUAAUAAACGAUGAUGAUU